CCCAUGAUCCUCUAGUGACGUGGGCGAAGGAAGCAAACGCGAAUCAGCUAGUUGGUUUUACUUGAUUUUAAUUUGAUUUUAUCAAAUAAACACAGCCGUUUAUUAAUUGGUUAAUAAUUGAAUAAGUAAACAAACCUUUUCUUUGUUGAAAUAUUCGUGCAGCCCCGACGAGCAAUUGUUGUCAAGGUGGAAUCUCCCAAAAUAAGCGGACACUCAACUCCACACUGUUAACAGAUCAGCAGUGAUGGUGUUCAAACUGUUCACACAGUAAGUUCUCCUGAAGUUCUGAUGAAAGAUUCCUGCAGCUUUACAGGAUCCGGUAUGGAAGACAAGGCAAAUGGCUCAGUCGACAGCAAAAACCCGGUGGAGAACGGUCAGCUGCCAGACCCGUCCAACUGGGGAGUCGCUGAUGUUGUCAACUAUUUCAAAGCAACAGGGUUUGAGGAGCAGGCUGUUGCUUUCCAGGAUCAGGAAAUAGACGGCAAAUCCCUGCUGCUGAUGACGCGUAACGACGUCUUGACGGGGCUGUCGAUAAAGCUGGGCCCCGCUCUGAAGAUCUACGAGUACCACGUGAAGCCGCUGCAAACCCAGCACCUGAAGAUUAACGCCUCAUAGCACUGCAGGUCACCCCACGACCCACCUCAGUGACAAUCAUGCCAGGAGAUCCCAGGUUAGCUGCCAAGACUCGUCUGUUCGCGGUGGCGCCUUAACAGAAUUUGAAUGCUGUAAGCUUUUUCUUUUUUUUUUUUUUUUUUUUUAUAUAUAUAUAUCUGUAGAUCCUAAAAAUGAUCUGCACAUGCUGUUGAUCCUUUCAACCAUUCUUAUUUUUGCUGCUUGGCAAGUGUGUUUUUUUUGUUUUGUUUUGUUUGUUUAUUUAAAAAGAAAGACGAUUAGGGUGUAUACUCUGCAGAUAUGAUUGAUGCGUGUUUGUGUGUGUUCAAAGUAAAUUAAAGUGUGAUGAGAAGACCUUUAUGUAUAUAAGAUGGUAUAUAUCAAACUUUAAGUUCUGUCUCACCCGGCAGAAAAAUGAAUUCAGAUGCGUCUAAUUUUGUCUUAAAUUCAGUUUUUAUGUUUUGAAGCUGUGUGUGUCAGUUGUCCAGAGCAUGUUAUAACACAUUUUGGUUUUUUUCCUCCGACUCAAGCACCCAACCAAAAGUCUCUUUGUUAUUCACAGCAACUAAUUUAAGGUUGAGGCUUUUGAUAUUGAGAUAUUUAUGUGUAAAUACUCUGAUGUACCUACCUGUGGUGCUCUCAGCUUUGUCGCACAGACAACUGUUUUAAAGUGCGUGUGACCUAUGUACAUGUUCAACAUAACACUGGAGUUUGAAUAUUCAAAUCUACGAUUUGCAAUAAAUGGUGCUUUUUUUCUCACCAAAGAACAA